GUGUCGCCUGACCGGAUGAUGACAGAAGUUUUUCUGUGUUAAUGUCGCUACUUCAACAUGCGAUCGUCCAGCUGUUAAACUCCCCAGGUCUCUGGGCAACGUCAGGACUCUUUGAUCGGGACCUCCACUGUGGUUGGUUGAGAUAAACUUCCCAGACCGCUGCGCCAUCUGGGAAGUUUUUGGAUUUGCUGUGGGAGCGAGCGACCCUCACUGGUUCCCACUCGACCGAGGGGGAGAAGAAGACCCAGCUGGGCACACCGAGGUGCCGCGAUGGGAAACCGGGGGAUGGAAGACCUCAUUCCCCUCAUCAACAAGCUCCAGGACGCCUUCAGCUCCAUCGGCCAGAGCUGCAACUUGGACCUGCCGCAGAUAGCGGUGGUCGGCGGGCAGAGCGCAGGGAAGAGCUCGGUGCUGGAGAAUUUCGUCGGCAGGGACUUUUUGCCGAGAGGAUCUGGUAUUGUCACCCGUCGUCCUCUCAUCCUCCAGCUGGUUAACAGUAAAGCAGAAUAUGCCGAGUUCCUGCACUGUAAGGGUCGCAAGUUUGUUGACUUUGAAGAAGUCCGUCAGGAGAUCGAAGCAGAGACCGAGCGUCUCACCGGCUCCAACAAGGGCAUCUCCCCGGUCCCCAUCAACCUCCGUGUCUACUCCCCGAACGUGCUGAAUCUGACCCUGAUCGACUUGCCGGGGAUGACCAAAGUGGCGGUGGGAGACCAGCCUCAGGACAUCGAGCACCAGAUCAGAGAAAUGCUGAUGCAGUUCAUCACUAAGGAUAGCUGCCUGAUCCUGGCCGUCACCCCGGCCAACAGUGACCUGGCCAACUCUGAUGCCCUGAAAAUAGCCAAGGAGGUGGACCCUCAGGGUCUGCGGACCAUUGGUGUGAUCACUAAGCUGGACCUGAUGGACGAAGGGACAGAUGCACAGGACAUCCUGGAAAACAAACUCCUGCCGCUGCGCAGAGGUUACAUCGGGGUGGUGAACCGCAGUCAAAAGGACAUCGAUGGGAAGAAAGACAUCCGGGUUGCUUUGGCUGCUGAGAGGAAGUUCUUCCUGUCCCAUCCUGCCUAUAGACACAUUGCAGAACGCAUGGGCACACCUCACCUGCAGAAAACCCUCAACCAGCAACUUACCAACCACAUCCGAGACACGCUGCCAGGGUUACGUAGCAAGCUGCAAAGCCAGCUGCUGUCGCUGGAGAAGGAGGUGGAGGAGUACAAGAACUUCCGCCCUGACGACCCCACACGCAAGACCAAGGCCUUACUCCAGAUGGUGCAGCAGUUUGGUGUCGACUUUGAGAAGUGCAUCGAGGGGUCUGGAGAUCAGGUGGACACCUCCAACCUGUCCGGUGGAGCCAAGAUCAACCGCAUCUUUCACGAGCGCUUCCCAUUCGAGCUGGUGAAGAUGGAGUUUGAUGAGAAGGAGCUGAGGAAACAGAUCAGCUAUGCCAUCAAGAACAUCCACGGUGUCAGGACAGGCCUCUUCACCCCUGACCUGGCGUUUGAGGCCAUAGUGAAAAAGCAGAUCAUUAAGCUGAAAGAGCCCUGUCUGAAAUGCAUCGACCUGGUCAUCCAGGAGCUCAUCAACACAGUCAGACAGUGCACCAAUAAGCUGGGCUCGUACCCUCGACUAAGAGAAGAAACAGAGAGGAUCGUCACCACCUAUGUCAGAGAGCGAGACAGCAAGACCAAAGACCAGGUGCUGCUGCUGAUCGACAUUGAGCUCUCUUACAUUAACACUAAUCAUGAGGACUUCAUCGGAUUUGCCAAUGCCCAGCAGAGAACUGCUGCUAACAUUACCAAGAAGAGAGUCAUGCCAAACCAGGUGAUCCGCAGAGGCUGGCUCACCAUCAACAUCAGUAUCAUGAAGGGAGGAUCCAAGGACUACUGGUUCGUCCUGACGGCCGAGUCUCUCUCCUGGUACAAAGAUGAGGAGGAGAAAGAGAAGAAGUACAUGCUGCCUCUGGACAACCUGAAGCUGAGAGAUGUGGAGAAAGGCUUCAUGUCCAGCAAACAAGUCUUCGCCGUCUUCAACACUGAACAGAGGAAUGUGUACAAAGACCUGCGUCAGAUUGAGCUGGCGUGUGACACUCAGGAGGAUGUUGACAGCUGGAAGGCCUCGUUCCUCAGAGCGGGCGUUUACCCAGAGAAGGACCAGCCUGAGAACGAAGAUGCGAUGAACCCGAGCGACACCGUGUCCAUGGACCCUCAGCUGGAGCGCCAAGUGGAGACCAUCCGCAACCUGGUGGACUCCUACAUCGGCAUCGUCAACAAGUCCAUCAGAGACCUCAUGCCCAAGACCAUCAUGCACCUCAUGAUCAACAGCGCGAAGGACUUCAUCCACUCGGAGCUGCUGGCCUAUCUGUACUCAGCAGGAGACCAGGGCAGUUUGAUGGAGGAGUCAGCUGAGCAAGCUCAGAGGAGAGAUGAGAUGCUGAGGAUGUACCAUGCCCUGAAAGAGGCCCUGGUCCUCAUUGGAGACAUAAGCACCACCACUAUUUCUACACCCGUGCCUCCACCAGUGGAUGACACCUGGAUGACAAAGGAGCCAAGUCCUCCUGCAGCCUCCCGCCCGGCCUCAGCGACAGCGCCCCCUCCCAGCCGACCCCCAAAUGUGAGGGGGCCCACCGCGGGGCCUCCUGCCCCCCUCAAUCCCUCACCAGCGUUUGGAGUGCCGCCUGUGCCUUCUCGACCCGGCCCUCCACCGGGGCAAACGGCCUAUGCUGGAGACGCCAAUUCCGGUUCUGUGCCUCUUGUCCCAUCGAGGCCAGCCCGCGUGCCUCCGGCGCUGCCGCCGGGGAUUCCGAGGCGACCUCCACAAGGCCCCUCUCGUCCCAACCACUGGUGAAGGAAACAGAUGUUGCCCACUCCCACUAGGACUCAGUCAGCAGGAGCUGGAGGAGUCUGCUCAGUUUGAUGUGAAGGUUAUCAGAAGUUAAAGUGCAUGAAAAGGUCUCUGUUGUCUACAGCUGUUUUAGUUUGACAUUGAAGGAAGGGAAAGGUGCAGAAACAAUUGGUGUAAAUUAUGACAGUGGCUGGAAAGUAUUGUCAACAAUUUAGAAAUGAUCUAAAUGCAAGUGACAUAAUAAAUAUUCUGGUCAUCCGUGUACAUACAGGUAUGAUAUUUAGUUGUUUAGCUAUUUCCAGCAUUUAAUGUCGACUGUUUAUCAAUUAUCAUUCGUUUUCCAUGUGUCUAUACAUGUUUUCUGAAUACUUUGUCUCAUGAGUUUGCUUCCUCACUUAAAAUUGGUGAAAUCAGAGCAAAGAAAAGUGAAAUGAGGAACUAGAAAAUCCGUAUUGCGUUUGUACGCCUCCGCCAAGCAGCUCAGUUUCCAUGUGCAUAUUUCUACAUGCUUUUCCACAAGAUAAAAAAUGCACUUUGUGAGGUCACUGUGACGUUUGACCACCAAAAUCCAAUCGGUUCAUCCUUGAGUAAUAGUGAAUAUUUGUACCUAAUUUUAGGAAAUUCCUCUUAAGGCAAUCUUGAGAUAUCAUGUUCACAGGAUGGGAUUAAAGGACAGAUGGACAAAGUGAGAACCGACUGCCUCAGGCCGUCGCUGGCACAGAGGCAUAAAAAGAUCAGGAAACUGCAUAUUGACAUGGUCCACAUACAGAGCUGGAUGUUGUUAUAUCCAAAGCUAGAUGCCACUAAAUCCUACACACUGAACCUUUAAAACCACUUCAGCUGAAGGUCACAUAAUAUCAAUGUUGUUUUUGAGAAAGGUUAUAUUGUUUGAUAAGGUCAGACAACCAGGGAUCAAUAUCUGCAAAAAUAAACACGUCCCUACAUGAGGGUCACACACCUGAUGGCUUCCACCAUGGCUCGGGGGGAAAUAGUGAUAAGCUUAGUUAUGUUGUUUAAAAAAUAUGCAAGAUGAUCAUAUAAACAAGGUGUAUUUAAGUUUUCAGUUUACAAGCUGCUGGUGGAUCAAUAAGGGGUUGGCUGUAUCUGAGGGGGUAGAGCGGUUGCUCUACACAAGGUUGGCGCAAGGUCGGCGGUUCGAUCCCGGUCUUUACCAUCUGCAUACCAGAUACUGAACCCUGAAUUGCCCGUCAUAGAAAAAGUACUGCCCGUAGAUGCACAGUAUGAAUGUAUGGGUGAUUAGCAAGACUA